AUCGGAAUGCAUGGAGUAUCGAUCGGGGUUGAUGGUUCAUCGUUUUGCUGACUGAGGACAAAUGUACCUGGCCCUCUUUCGUACGUGGCGUGGCGAAACCGGUUGAUUAGCGCUAGUCUAAAGUCAGAUAUCUAUGACUGAUCUAUACGAUUACUCAUCGGAUGAAGAAGUCACUGAGUUUCGACGUCGAAACGAAGCAGCUCGGAGGAUGAGGGAAAGAGCGCGAAAACAGCUGUUCGAUGAAACAUCUGGAAAUGAUGAAACAAACGACCGAGCAGUCAAAUUGGUCCAGGAGGCUUCGAGUCGUGUCACAGAAGAGUACAGCAACGCGAUGGCAAAAUCAAAGGAACAAGACAGGAAGAUUAUGGAUUACAUUGACCAACUUUUAGAUAAAGCCACACUAUCGUAUGGGACAAGUCGACGAAGAGGAACAGUGCCGUCAUUGGUGCCCCUGCAGAGGAACGGAUUUCGUCGGACGGUACAUUAUGCCCCAGUUGAACUGAACGGACAGGAAACAAAUGGAUUACGCAAUGACAAAAAGAUGUGGCAUGGAGAGAACCUGGAGGAUACUCGCUCAUCGGAUACGGCAAGGGAACGCGUACGUAGAAUCGAGGAACACUUGGACGGUAUACUGGAUUAUGAACUUCCUUCAGUGGCAAAUUUUCGAGCAAUGCGUCAAUCACUCAGGGAUAUAAACGACAAGAUGUCGACACAUAAAACGCUUUUGAACCGAGGAGGGAGCUAUGGAUUAGAGGAUGACAACAGAAAAGUCUCUGAGAGAAUCGACCAGAAGUACAGAGAGCUGGAAGAACGAAUGCCGGAACUCUUGACAGGUGAGCGAGAUCGAACAAGACAAAGAAGUGCUGCUUUCGAUCCAAGCUUAAUUCCGGGAUACGCGACCGGGUUGAGUAUAAUGGACUCUAACCAAACGGCAGAGCUACGUGGACGUAUUCGAACACUAUUGUGCAGAACAAGACGUACUGCGGAAUCGGCAGAUAGGCACACGAAAACGGCACGACAUCGAAGAGAAGCGGAAACCAACUGA